AUUCAAAGAAGAACUGCACGCUUCUCGUUGCUGUGCCUAAAGUUUAUCAACCCUUUCUUAUCAUAGUCCGUUGGGGCCUGAGGCAAUUCCGCUAGCUGUUGUCGAGGGAUGCUGCCGCUGCAGCAACAGCCGUGGCGCAGCAGGAGUAGCUUUGGAGAGGCUCGGCGGCCCCAGAACACAUCUCGACCACGCCGGGUGGAAUGUAGACUCAGCGCGUCUGCGCGAGGGCAGCUCACAGACCCCGAUUACGCUCAUUUGGAGGCAGCGGCGAGGCUCGCGGGGAGCCCUGAAGGCGAGACGCAGCCGCACCCCAACGCGGCGUGCCGGCUGGUGGGGCCCGAUGGCCGGACGGUGAUCUCGCAGGCCUUCCUGCGCGCGCAGGGCACCACCUCGGCGGAGGUGCUGGCGGUGUCGGCGGCGGGGCCGGCGGCGCGCGGCGGCACCGCCUACCUGAACCUGGAGCCCGGGGACUGCCACGGCGAGGGCGCGGCGGUGGAAGCGCUGGUGCGGUCGGGCGUGAGCCGUGUGGUGGUGGGGCUGCGGCACCCGCUGCGCCACCUGCGCAGCCGCGGCAUUGGGCUGCUGCGCAACGCCGGCCUGCGCGUGGACGUGCUGGCUGACGAGCUGGCCCUGGGCCGCAACGGCACGCCCUCGCAGCUGGCGGCGGGGCUGGUGCACGCGGGCGCGGGCUCCAUGGGGUCGGGCAGCGACAGCGACGGCCCCUUCGCGCCCGGCGCCGGCGGCCCCGCCGCGGCCUACUCCGCCAUGGCCGCCUGCCUCAACGCCAAUGAGGCACUGCUGCACAGGGCCGCUCUGCGGCGGCCUCUGGGCGUGCUCAAGUACGCCAUGACGCUGGACGGCAAGAUUGCCACCAACCUCGGGCACAGCGCCUGGGUGUCCAGCGCGCAGAGCAGGGCGCUGGUGUUUGAGACGCGCGCUCGCUCCGACGCGGUGAUUGUGGGCGGCAACACGGUGCGGCGUGACAACCCGCGGCUCACCACGCGGCGCGAGGGCGGCCACACGCCGGCGCGCAUCGUCAUGAGCCGCACCCUGGACCUGCCCGAGGUGACUGAGGCGCUGGUGUUUGAGACGCGCGCUCGCUCCGACGCGGUGAUUGUGGGCGGCAACACGGUGCGGCGUGACAACCCGCGGCUCACCACGCGGCGCGAGGGCGGCCACACGCCGGCGCGCAUCGUCAUGAGCCGCACCCUGGACCUGCCCGAGGACGCCAACCUGUGGGACGUGACUCUGGCGCCCACCAUAGUGCUCACACAGCGCGGCGCACGCACCCGCUUCCAGUCGGCGCUGCGGGCGCAGGGCGUGGAGGUCGUUGAGUUUGACUUUCUGACCCCCGAGUCGGUGGCGGACUACUGCCAGGAGCGCGGCUUCCUGCAGUGCUUCUGGGAGUGCGGCGGCACACUGGCGGCGCCCGCCAUUGCGAGCGGCGUGGUGCACAAGGUCAUGGCGUUCGUGGCGCCCAAGAUCAUCGGCGGCCUGCGCGCCCCCACCCCCGUGGGCGAGCUGGGCUUUGUGGAGAUGACCCAGGCGGUGGAGCUGGUGGACACAGAGUGGAGCCAGGUGGGUCCCGACCUCAUGAUCACGGGCUACAUGCCCUCAUCCGGCGGCCUGUGGGCGCUGGAGGCGGCGCUGGAGGGAGCGGACGACGACACCGCCGCGGCCGCAGCCGCCGAGCCAACCGUCCACCUUCCCGGCGGCGGCUCUGGCGGCGCCGCCGACGGCAAGUCGGCUGGCGGCGGCCACGUUCAAAAUGACAGCAAGGACGCCGGCAGCAGCGGCGGCGGCGGUGGCGGCGGUGGCGGCGGCAAGGGCGCGUCGGCCAAGCGGCGGCGCAAUAUCGCGGCGGCGGCGGGGCGCUCGGUGUCGUUCUACAAAGCUUGGGACCAGUGGGGCGCGCUGUCCAACUUCUCGCCGCACCCCAUUGCCUUGCCGGUGGAUCCGGAGGCGGUGGUGCCCACCAGUGCCGCGGCGGCGGGCGGCAGUGAGGAGCGGCGAGCCAGCGGCGGCGGCGCCAGUAGCAGCGGCCGGGCGGGGUCUUCGGGCGGGCUGCGGACGUGGCCCAGCGUUGAGCACUACUACCAGGCCCACAAGUUCAGCGGCGGCCAGCACCCCGACGCCGCGGCGGUGAUGGAGGCCAUUGCGGCGGCGCCCUCGCCCGAGGAGGCGGCGCGCAUCGGGCGGCGCACCGAGCGCAUGCGGCCCGAGCUGCUGCGCAAGGACUGGGGCAGCGCCAAGCUGUCCUUCAUGGCUGCGGCCCUGCGCGCCAAGUUCCGCACACACGCCGGCCCCAGGGCCAUGCUGCUCGCCACCGCCGGCGUGUCGGGGGCCUCCGCCGACCACCUCGGCGCAGCCGCCGCCGCCGAGGCCUCCGUGCCAUCCCACUCCCCAUCCACCACCACCACCAGCAGCAGCAGUAGCAGCAGUAGCAGCAGUAGCAGCAGUAGCAGCAGCAACAACGGCGCCAGCGCCACUGCUACAGCCGUCAAGCUGGUGACUAGGCCGGCGCCGGCCAAGCACGCGGCGACGGAGGCGGCGUGUCUUGAGCUGGUGGAGGCCUCGCCACACGACUACUUUUGGGGCGCCGGCUACGAGCGCACGGGGCAGAACAAGCUGGGACGGCUGCUCAUGCAGGUCCGCGACGAGCUGCUGUCGGAGUACGAGGCGGCGGUGUCGUGCGCAGCCGAGGGCCUGUGGACCACACCCGAGCAGCUGGCGGGAGUGGCGGCGGCCAGCGCGGCGGCCCCGGCCUCGCGCGGCUGACGAGCGGCAGUAGCAGCGACAGCAGCAGCAGCAGGCGCAGCAGCAGCAGCCCAGGACAGCUGCUGAUGGUGUGAUUUCCGAGGGCUGCGCGUAGAUGGGCUGUCAUAGAAAGCAGCGGCUUAGAGCUCGAAUAGGCGAGCUGAUCAGCGGGGGCGGCUGCGGCGGAUUGAUGCAUGGGGAUAUAGGGGAGGCCGGAUUUGGGGGGCCUGUGUGGGGGUGGAGCCAUGGGUUUUGGGGGAGGUAGGCAUUGAUACUCGGCGGGCGCAGUGCAAGCCACUGUGGAUGUGCGCGUAAGCCCGUCAGCUGCAGCGGCCCUGUAUGAGUGAGCGAGUAGCUAGUAGUAGCAGCAGCGUGAGCAAGCCAGUAUGCGGACUUCACGCUUGCAGCAGUGUGCGAAUGUGCGUGUGGAGGCAUCAUGCUUGUCUGGGUUUUAUGUGGAACAGCGAUACAGCAGUCGUGGUUUGCGCCCCAGGCGACCAGAGUGGCGUGUGCUGCGCAGUCUAUGCAUACCGUACCGUUCAUUGCCUCGACCCCGCUUCGGAGGAGCUUUGCGAAAGCCUCGACGUGACAAGGACGUUGGCAUGAGAUGUAUUCGGACCCUCACCUGAGGGGCAGGAACACACUCUUUCGCAGGCAAACUUACCCUUAAUCCAUACAGUACAUGCUUUCACGCUCCUGACGUAUCCGAACCUGCGAGUAUCGAUGCCUGCGCUACCAUGUGCAUGUUUGGCAUGUGAGUGUGGAGUGGGAGUGGCUGCUGCGCCACGUGUACGCCUGCGGUGGAGAUCGUGGUGACGCGUUUGGUUGGGCCGCCCUUGCGAUUGCUUGCGUGGCAUGACGUUGCGUGGGGUGCCGUGUCAUGGUUACGUGUGUCAUGUCGACAUGUGCUGGCGAGGUCCAGAAGGAACAAUGACAACCGUUUGCGCCAAGACGAUAUGCAGUGUGUUGGUGCUGGUUGAGGGCUGGCGAACAGGCUCACACGCAGCCUUUAAGUGACCAACGAGCAUGCGCAAGUGAAAGCGGCGGCUGUCCGGCUGGCGCGCUGGCCGCAUCAUUCUGUACUGAUCGCUGGUACCGUACAACUCCAGGACGGACGACAGUACGGCAGCUCGGACUGCUGGGAUGCUUUGGAGCGGCCUAGCGGGACCGCGGGAGGGGAGAGGAUGCCGAGAUGAGUGACCCAAUGCACAGUCGGGUGUGCUGGUGUGAAAUGUAGGGAAGUGUCGGGGAUGCUGGCCGGGGUAGGCCUGUGUGGGGUGAGCAAGGUUGCUGUCGGCGGGCCACUGCGCAGGAUGCAAGGCACUCUAUCCCUUGCCUCUGCCGCUGGAAUGCGGGCAGGGCGCUGGGAUGCGGUCAGUGUAGCAUAUGCCAAUGCAAGGAUUUGCGUCAUGAAUUAU